AUGCCCCUCUACACAAUCGAACACUCCAUUCCACUCUCCAAACCCCAACGAGACGCCCUCGCCCAAUCCAUCACGCACAUCCACACCCGCAAGUUCACGACCCCAAGCCUCUUCGUCAACGUCCAGUUCGUAGACUCGACUCGCCAGUCACGCAAGAUCGAAUCCGCCUGGAACGACAUUGUGAAUAUCGGAUCCGUCGGACAGACCGAGAAAGGAAAGAGGAAGGAGACGGAGUUGAAUCGUGUGUUUAUUCUGGGUGCUAUUACGGCGGGGUUGGAGUGUGGGGUUUUGUUGCCGAGGGCCGGUGGCGAUACGACCUGGUUGAAGGAUAAUAUGGCCCUGUUCGAGGAGCGCGCGCGAGAGGGAGACGAGGAUUUUAUCGAGUUGCUGGAGGAGAUAAAGAGGAGGGAGGAUUUACAUAACUGCCCCUGUGGUUGGGAUCAAUACUGCCAAGAGCGGAAGGUGUACGGAGUCAGCGACUUCGAUAAUGGGACAUUGAUCUCAGGCGCUGUGUGGGAUGCUAACUGUGUCUUCCCGAUCCCGGAAGGGUUGAAUUCGGUCGAUGCUGCACCGCUGAUGUGUGCUGGCGCCACGGUAUGGACUGUCUUGACCCGGUUUGGCAUCGAAGCUGGAGACCGAGUGGGUAUCAUGGGGGUCGGAGGACUGGGCCAUAUUUCCAUCAAGCUUGCCGCUGCGCUGGGAUAUCAUGUUGUAGUUCUUUCCAGCUCCGAGUCAAAAAUGCAGGAAGCCACGGAGUACGGUGCCUCUGAGUAUCAUGUGUUUCGCUCAGGAGAGAAGCCGCAGGACCUGAAGCCCCUCAAGCAUUUACUGCUUUGUGGAAGUGGCAGCUCGGACUACCAGUUCCUGGUUCCCCUGAUGGACUCGCCCAGCUCCAUCUAUCCGCUGACGGUGACGUUUGCCAUCUGCGAUCCCCACGCUGCAGUUGUGCUUCCAAGAUCGAGGGAAAUCAACGUGGGAGCCCAAAGCAGUUUAGAGGCCGCAUUUUGA